AUAAGACAGACUGGCAGAGCUGGUGGACGCUUGACUGCUGGACAAGAAACAGACGUUGAAGAUGUUUGUUCAAAUCAUUGUUGGGGUUUUUGUCCUCUCCUCCACCUGGGCUGAGGAAGUUGGCGUUGAGGACACCUCUGUGUCUGGAAGACUUCAUAGAGCAAACAAGGAUGUAGUGCGUAGGCCUGAUGAGCCUUAUGUGGUGGAUGACAUUGCCUACCCCUCUGAGGCCGACAGGAACGCCGACCCCUGCACCUCCGGAAGCUGUAUGUGGCCGAAGUCCUCUGACGGUCUGGUCUAUGUGCCCUACUACAUCACCAAUGAAUACUCUGACCGUGAGCGUUCUGUCAUCGAGCGUGGUCUUCAGUCCUUCUCCAGCUCCACCUGUAUCCGCUUUAUUCCCUGGAACUCCAGCCACAGGGAUUACAUCUAUAUUCGGUCUGACACCGGUUGCUAUUCUUACGUGGGCCGUCUCGGUAAUGGCCAGACCCUCUCUCUGGAUCGCAAUGGCUGCAUCUACCACAACACUGUUCAGCACGAGCUGCUUCACGCCCUGGGUUUCAACCAUGAGCAGUGUCGUAGCGACCGCGACCAGUACAUCAGAGUCCUCCUGCACAACGUGCAGUCCGGCCUGGAGUACGCUUUCGACAAGAUCGCCACUCUGAACCAGGGCACUCCGUAUGACUACAACUCUGUCAUGCAAUACCACAAGUAUGCCUUCUCCUGGAAUGGACAGCCCACCAUGGAACCUUACCCCGACCCUAACGUGCCUUUCGGAACAGCCACGGAGAUGAGCGAGAAUGACAUUCUGAGAGUCAACAGGCUCUACAAGUGUUAAUGACAGAGUAAGAGAACAGCUGAACGUGUUUUUCAGACUGCAGCCAUUGCCAGCUAUUAAAAAUGUAUGAAAA